GCCACCGCUGGGCGGGAACCUGCCCCGCCGCAAGGUAGUGAGGUGGCUUCAGCCCUAGCCAGCUGCUCCGGUGUCCCCGCGAUGCCGAGACCAGACCCGGACACCCCGCCUCUCUGAGCCGGUCUCGGUGCGGAAAGCACAGAGCGGGGGGGCCAUGGCGGAGUCCCCCGAGCCCGGGCGGCGGGCGGCCGCGGGCGGCGCUCUCCUGGACGGGGAGGACGAGGAGCGCGAGCCGCUGCUGCCGCGGAUCGCCUGGGCCCAGCCGCGGAAGAGCGCCCCGGGGACCGCGGUGAGGAUGGUCGAGGCUGCCCGGAAGGAGGGCGCGGCCUCGCUCAGCGCGAUCGACGAGAAACUGCUGUUCGGGCCCAAGGACUCGCCCCGCUGUCCCUCCCUGGACUUGGGGCUCCCGAGGAGCUUGCCCACCCACCAGGACGGCGACCACUCCCUGGGUUCAGAGUUGAAUUCAUUCUUGGAUGAUCCAGGGUUUGCUGAUACUGUAUUGAAAGCGGAGCAAGCAAUAGAAUUUGGAGUUUUUCCAGAAAGAAUCUCUCAAGGUUCAAGUGGAAGUUACUUUGUGAAGGAUCCUAAGAGGAAAAUUAUUGGUGUGUUUAAACCCAAAUCGGAAGAGCCUUAUAGUCAACUGAAUCCAAAAUGGACCAAAUAUAUUCAUAAGAUCUGCUGCCCUUGCUGCUUUGGCAGAAGCUGCUUGGUUCCUAACCAGGGAUACCUUUCUGAAGCUGCUGCCUCCCUAGUGGAUGAAAAGCUUCAUCUGGGCAUUGUACCAAAAACAAGGGUGGUUUGGCUUGUCAGUGAGACAUUUAACUACAGUACAAUUGACCGUGCAAAAGCUAGAGGCAAAAAGUAUGCUUUAGAGAAAGUGCCAAAAGUAGGUAGAAAAUUUCACCGAAUAGGACUCCCUCCUAAGAUUGGUUCCUUUCAGUUAUUUGUUGACGGUUACAAGGAGGCUGAAUUUUGGCUUAGGAAAUUUGAAGCUGACCCUUUGCCUGAGAAUACUAGAAAACAAUUUCAGUCGCAAUUUGAAAGAUUAGUGAUUUUGGAUUACAUCAUCAGAAAUACAGACAGGGGGAAUGAUAAUUGGUUAAUCAGAUAUGAAAAGCAGAAACAUGGAAAGGAAAUUAAGGAAGCAAAAUGUGUUGAUGAGAAAGACUCGCUUAUUAAAGUAGCUGCAAUUGAUAAUGGUCUAGCAUUUCCUUUUAAACAUCCUGAUGAGUGGAGAGCAUAUCCAUUUCAUUGGGCUUGGCUUCCUCAAGCAAAAGUUCCUUUUUCUGAAGAAACAAGAAACUCGAUUCUACCAAUUAUUUCUGACAUGAAUUUUGUGCAAGAUUUAUGUGAAGAUCUCUAUGAACUUUUUAAGACUGACAAAAGAUUUAACAAAGCCACUUUUGAAAGUCAGAUGUCUGUGAUGAGGGGCCAGAUCUUAAAUCUGACCCAGGCUUUGAGGGAUGGGAAGAGUCCUGUCCAGCUGGUCCAGAUGCCUUGUGUGCUUGUGGAACACAGUCCAGGGAGAGCGAAGGGUCGGAUUUCCCAGCUCAACACUUCCUUCACCCAGACUUUCCACUGCAGGAAGCCUUUUUUUACCUCCUGGUAGCAGAUAGAAGAGAACAAACUGUGUUGGCAUCAUUGUGUUGUUAAAAUGCUUCAGUUGCCAAAGCCUCAAGUAAUACAAGUCUUUACAAGGUUAUGUUUUGAAUGUAAUCAAAAGUUUACAGUUUUUUGUCCAAAUAUUAAAUUUUUACUUCAGGGAAGAA